AUGACGGCUGCACCGACCACAGAAAGCAGCAGUCCGGAGACGUUCGACUAUAUCGUCGUGGGUGGAGGCACUGCGGGCCUGGUUGUUGCUUCACGUCUCAGUGAGGACCCCGAGGUGACCAUACUAGUCAUUGAAGCUGGUCAGGAUAAUACCAAUGAUCCUCUCGUCUUGACUCCGGGACUCCUCCCCGCCCUGUUCGGCAACGACAAGUAUGACUGGGACUUUCAUUCCACCCCGCAGCCAACGCUGCACAAUCGCACGAUCCCACGAGGCGGAGGCAAGAUGCUGGGUGGGAGCUCAGCUUUGAACCUCAUGCUCGUCGCGUGGCCUGGCCGUGGCAGCAUUGAUGCCUGGGGAGCUCUCGGGAACAACGGCUGGACAUAUGACUCCUUUGAGCCAUACCUGCGCAAGUUUGCCAGGACGCACGAGCCGGCCGAUGCGGCACGAGAGGUUGCCCGUGUUAAAGACGGCCAGUAUGAUCCUUCCGUAUCCGAGGCUGAGUCUGGGCCGAUCCAACUGUCGUUCGGCAGCGGAUACAACACUACUAAUACGGCCUGGGCCGAUGCUUUUGCCAACCUGGGCUUGAAGAUGUCCAGCGACCCACGCAAGGGCACUGCCGUCGGGGCUUUCCAGAGCCCGGCGAGCAUUGACCCCGCGACCAAGACGAGAAGCUAUGCCGCCAGCGGUUACCUCACCCCGGAGAUCCGCGACAGGAGCAAUCUCGUUGUCAUGACCGAGACUCUAGUGAGCAGGAUCAUCUUCGACACAUCUGGUCAAGCAGAGCCGGUGGCCACAGGUGUCAAAAUCCGGACUAAAGAUGGCUCUGAGCGGGCCAUCAACGCGCGGACCGAAGUCAUCAUGGCGGCUGGUGCGCUCCAGACACCGCAGAUCCUCGAGCUUUCUGGCAUCGGAGACAAGAGCCUCCUGGAGAAGCACGGGAUCUCUGUUAUCGUCGACAAUCCAAACGUUGGAGAGCAUCUGCAGGACCAUCCCUCCGUGCUCAUAUCGUUCGAAGUUGCGGAUGGCGUUCCAUCAGCCGACAUCUUUCGUGACCCCAGCCUGCUGCAAGGUGCAAUCGCGCAGUAUCAGGAGACGCGCGAAGGUCCCAUGGGGCAGAGCGUUCUGACCUGCGCCUACGCACCAUUGGUAGACCGCGAAGGUUCACUCAGUGCCGAGGCGCGCAAGACUCUGUUCGACGAGCACUUGCCCGCUUCUGCCCCAACCAACCAGUCAAACACGGCUGUCGCUGCCCGCCAUGCUGAGCACGAGCUCCUCAGGUCUCUCCUCACCAAGCCAGACGAGCCAGGCGUGCAGUACAUCCUGUACCCCACGCAGGCCAUCAUCGCGCCGCACCCUAAGAGCCUGGGCGAGCUCAUGAUCCCCCGCGAGCCCGAGAACUUCGUCUCCGUCCAGUGCGUCCUCAACUACCCCUUCAGUCGCGGCUCCUGCCACAUCGCCUCCCCCGACGUCGCCGACAAGCCGGUCUGGGACCCCAACUACAACGCCGAGGCCGCCGACCUCGAGAUCCUGGCGCGCGGCCUGCGCUUCGUGGAGACGCUUGUCCGGACGCAGCCCUUUGCGGGCCUGUUGCGCGAGGGCGGCAAGCGCGUGCCCGACAUGAGGGCCGACGACCUCGAGGGCGCGCGCGAGAUCGUGCGGCAGUACCAGGUCUCGGAGCAGCACCCCACGAGCAGCUGCGCCAUGCUGCCGCGCGAGCUGGGCGGCGUGGUGGACAGCCGCCUGCGCGUGUAUGGGGUGCGCGGGCUGCGUGUUGUGGACGCGAGCGUGUUCCCUCUGGAACAGCUGGGGAAUAUCCAGACCACGGUGUACGCUGUGGCUGAGAGGGCGGCCGACUUUAUCAAGCAGGACCGGAAGGGUGCUUAG